AUGGAUCUCCUGCCUGGAUUUUCCACUGAGACGUGGUUACUUCUCAUUGUCCUACUGGGCCUUCUACUACUAUAUGGGACAUGGCCCUUUGGCGUGUUCAAGAGAUUAGGAAUUCCGGGCCCCACGCCAGUACCUUUCUUUGGGACCGCCUUACAGUACCGCAAAGGUUUCUUGAAGUUUGAUAGCGAAUGCCAUGAGAAAUACGGGAAAGUCUGGGGAAUUUAUGACGGCCGGCAACCUGUAUUAAGCAUACUGGAUCCCACCAUCAUUAAAGCUGUACUGGUGAAAGAAUGCUAUACCACCUUCACCAACCGAAGGGGCGUACGCUUAGUGGGGAUACUGGAGAACGCGGUGUCAAUGUCAAAGGAUGAACAAUGGAAGAGGAUUCGCACCGUGCUGUCGCCGACCUUCACCAGCGGGAAGCUGAAGGAGAUGUUCCCCAUUAUAAAACACUAUGGGGAAAUUCUGGUGCAGAAUGUGCAGAAGAAGGUGGAAAGGGAUGAGCCUGUGGCGGUGAAAGACGUCUUUGGUGCCUACAGCAUGGACGUGGUCACCAGCACCUCGUUCGGUGUGAACAUAGACUCCAUGAACAACCCCAAGGACCCCUUUGUCAAGGAGAUCAAGAAGAUGACCAAGUUCAAAGCUUUCGACCCCCUCUUCAUUUUGACAUUUGCAUGCCCGUUCCUCGUUCCUAUCUUUCGGAAAAUGAAUGUGAACCUCUUCCCCAAUGAAGCUGUGGAGUUCUUCACGAGAGCGGUGGGAAAAAUAAGGGAACAACGGCAGAAACAAGGCAAAGGGGCCCGGGUGGAUUUCCUGCAGCUGAUGAUAGACUCCCAAGGCGUUGACAGCAACGGCGUCAACGACCACCAACAGAGCAAUGGAGUGGAUCAUUCAUUCAAAGGGUUGAGUGACAUCGAAAUCCUGGCCCAAGCGAUCAUCUUUAUUUUUGCUGGAUACGAGCCGUCCAGCAAUUCUCUCGGUUACGUCGCCUACCUCUUAGCCACCCACCCGGAUGUCCAGCAGAAGCUCCUGGACGAGAUCGAUUCUGUUCUCCCCAACAAGGCUCCUCUCACGUAUGACGCUAUAAUGCAACUGGAGUAUCUCGAUAUGGUGAUUAGUGAAACGCAGAGGCUGUAUCCCCUCGGGGGACGGCUCGAAAGACUCAGCAAGAGAGACGUUGAAAUAAACGGCGUGACUAUUCUGAAAGGCAUGGUGGUGAUUAUCCCCCCUUACAUUCUCCACCGGGACCCAGAAUACUGGCCAGAACCAGAGGAGUUUAGACCUGAGAGGUUCAGCAAAGAGAACAGAGAGAACAUUGACCCGUACACGUACCUGCCCUUCGGAGCAGGCCCCCGGAACUGCAUCGGGAUGAGAUUUGCGUUGGUCGCGAUGAAAGUCGCAAUUGCGAUUCUCCUGCAGCAUUUCUCCUUUAGGACCUGCAAAGAGACCCCGAUUCCCCUGGAGCUAAACACUGACGUAUUCUUAAUGCCAAAGAAACCAAUUGUUCUGAAGCUGGUACCACGAGAAAAGGCAGAAUGA